UAUGUUGUGUAUUUCAUCGAAAUGCCCAGGGAUAUUUUAAGUGAUAGUCUUGCUGUACUGAGAAUUGUAGAGCAUGAGGAUGAAGAUAAAUGGCCAUUAGAAGACAAGCCACCAAGCAAGCAAAAUAAUAAGAAACUAGUAAAUGUUCCAUUAAAUAGCCAACAGUCUUAUACUAAAGAUGAUUGUGCUUGUUAUUAUAAUUAUGGUCAUGGUGAAGGUGUGGGUAAUAGACAACUUGAUCCGAUAUAUCAGUACAAGACUAGCAGUCUACCGGCAGCCACUUCAAUUACCCAAUCAUGGGAUGACAUAGUUUGCUCUGCUUUACGGUUAUCUCCUGAAGAUAUAGCAAAUCAACUUACUUUACUUGAUUUGCCAUGUUUUAAAUCUAUUCAGCCCGAGGAACUGACAACAUGUGGCUGGAAUAAAUUAAAUAAAUUAAUAGAGUCCCCUAAUGUUGUAGCAUUUACAAAACGAUUCAAUAGGGUGAGUUUUUGGACCGUACAAGAAAUAUUAAAUGGGCAGUCACCUAAAGCAAGAGCAGAAACACUUGCACAUUUUAUAAAAGUAGCAAAAAAGUUACAUGAUCUUAACAAUUUACAUUCUCUGUUUGCUGUUAUCUCAGCUUUGCAUAGUGCUAGUAUAUAUCGACUCACAAAAACGUGGGCUUGCUUGUCUAAAAAAGAUAAACAACAGUUUGACAAGCUUGCAGAAUUAUUUGGCGAAAAGGAUAAUUGGACUGCCUUGAGAGAAUAUUUAAAAUCAAUAUCAUUGCCUUGCAUACCCUAUCUUGGUAUUUUUCUGACAGAUCUAGUUUAUAUAUCGAUUGCACAUCCAGUUGGAUCUCCUCAUCGGAUUGCUAAAAUGGCUGUAGUGUUGAAAGCUCUAGAAAGAUAUCAGCAAUCAGAGUAUGAAAUUGCACCUUUAACACAUGUAGCCAAUUAUUUAAACAGUGUUCGUUACAUAGAAGAACUACAGAAAUUUCUUGAAGAUGAUCAAUACAAAUUGUCAUUAAAACUCGAACCUCCAUCGCCUAUUGGUAGUUGUUCAGGAUCAAAAGAAUCUGUGAAAGAAAUUCUACCGCCAGGAUCGUCCACACCUUAUUCUCUUUCACCUUCACAUCGACUUGGAUCUGGGUCCUUACGACUCCAAGGAUCAUUUAAUCAGUCCAAGUUUAUACCGACGCACCGAAAAUGUCGUUCACUGGGAUCCAAGUUUCGUAGUGCGAGCUUGCCGAGAAAUUUUCACAAGGUCAAUUUUGGUGUGGGUAUCUUUGGCAAGAACCAUGCAGAUGAUAAAAUGGAUGAAAAAACACCAGCUGGCUCUGUCAAUUUAUUAGAUGAUACGCUACUGGAGUCUCCAGGAUCAGUGGCUGGUGAUAAAUUGUCUUAUAUUUUACCCAACAGCAAUGUAUCGAGAUCGGAAGAUGUGGAUUGUGAUUACCAGGGAUUUGUGAGAAGAAAGACUAUCUUAAAGGAUAGACGAAAAAUAUCACUUUCGUCGUGGCAGAGAUUUUGGUUGCAGUUAUCGGGCAACAUUCUAGUAUUUUACGCAUCUAAGUCAUUUAAAGGAACGAGUCGAAGUGAUUUUCGUACGGAGCGAUGCAAGGUCCUUUCUUUGGAGGGCUGGAUGGCCAGUUGGGUGGAAGGUGAUGCCUCUGAUGCUUUUCAACUAAUCAACCAUCACGCCGGCACUUUGUACAAGUUCAAGACUGGAUCUGAAUCUUCAGCCAAGCAGUGGGUAUCAAAAAUUGAAAAUGUUACAAACAAAAUAGUGCAACCUCUACCCGCCAACCUCAUGUCGUUCGAAUAA